GGCAACGAGGACGAGGGUGUUUGGCCGGCCAACCCAUGGCAGGCACAGGCUGAUGCGCACCUUCUCCAUCUCCAACGUUCGCUUCAGGAAGCGGCAGGUCCAGCCUUCCUUUUCCCCUGCGCGCAACCGUGCGUGAGCUCUGGGCUGAUCCUGGCGGCUCCCGCCGAAGCCUCACAGCAGCCCCGGGCGCAGCCCACAGCGCAUGCGGCGCAGCCGACGACAUCCUUCGCCUCUCCUCAGGCUCCUUCACCAGGUUUGCUUCGUCGAGUUCACGAGCUUGAAGGUCAAGUUGCAAGCAUGGAGGUGGCUGCGGCGGCUCAAGGACGGGACCUCGACGAGGCUCGGGCCGAACUCGCUGUUUUGCGGAGGAAGCCGACGAGCAAAGUGGCAGACGACAGCGCGCUCUGCGCCCUUCAGGAGAAGAUCGACUUCUUGCAGGUUCUCGUGAACCGUUUUGAGCGCAAAGUGAUGACUUUGGAGGAGGAGAACGCAGGGCUGACAGUUGCUCUGGGUAAACAAGCGCCGUCCAGAUCCACUGCCUGCCAGACGGAGGGAGUCAUGUGCGAGUUGGAAGCGCAAGUGGAGCUGCUGGAGGAAAAGCUCCACAGCAAGGAGGUUGAGUUGCAGCAGGCCCAGGAGAGCCUUGAAGCGGAGCGGGCGCAGCGGUCUCGUGACGCUGCAGCAGUGUGUGGCCGGACUCCACGGCAACUCGCUGAUGAAGUGGACUCCUUGCAGUCUCGGACAAGCUUUUUGUCGGACUUGGUGGAUCGCUUCGAGGAUAAGACCAUGGCACUCGAAAAGCAGCUCAAGGAAAUGCGGGAAAAGCUGAGCUGCAGCGCUGCGAAGCAAGAGCUUGCAGAGGAGGCCAUGCGACAAAGUGCCAAUGCUCUGCAAGAAAGCAGAGAGGAGGCGGAGAGUUCAAAGCUGUUGCUCCGAGACACCAAGAAGGAGCACAACAAGAAAGUUCAGGAACUACUCAAACAGAUUCAGCUGGCGCGCUGCCGGCGUACGGACGCCAAGUCCCAGGAGGAGCUGCAGAGACUCCGUGAUGAGCUCCAGGAGCUCAAGGAGUUAAAUAGUCGCCUGGUCGAGCGCCUGGGCCACGAAAGAGCAGAGCACGCUGAUGCCCGGCAGCAGCUUCACUUCUCCGAGCGAGAGCGUCAGCUCUUGGAGCUCCGCACUGAACACCUCAGCGAGCAGGAGAUGACCAGCAUUUGA